UUAACGCAGCUUUCACUUCUCUAAUACCUUAAUGAAUUUCUGCCGUUCGUGACCUCUCCUGAAAUACACUUUUUUCCCCUCCUUUUCAGUCUGCGAGAAGCCUUACAAUAAUAGCAUUACUCCCUGGAUUUCCCUACCCCCAAAGCAACCCGGGGUGAUUCCGUCACCCAGUGCUGCCGGAGCCCCAGGACCAGUGCUCUGAUAAGGGAGGCAGCUGUAGGGACAGGCAGUGGGAGCUGCUGGAACCCCAAGAUAACCCCAAACCUCGCGCUGCGCGAGCAGGACAGGAACCAGGGCUCAGGCUGUGGCCCCAACGCUUCCUGUUCGACUGAAAGAAACACAGUGAGGCAGCAGGAGCACGAAGCUGCGGGCACCCAGAGGACAGUGUUUGUGCCCUGCAGCCCCGCGCUCACCCAGCCGCACCAAGGCACGGCCAGCAAGAAACGUAACGGGUUGAAAAGCAAAGCUAACGGACACGGUUGGUAAUUAGAGAGGGCAGCUUCAGGCAGUGGCAGAAGGACGUAAGGUAUUCGCUCACCAAGAAGGCCUCAACGCUUUGCUCAGCUCAGGAAACUCACCCUGCAGAUGCACAUGGUGCAAUAGUGCAGGUGCUCAGGCACCCACCCGGUUCAGGCUACAGAAUACCCCCAAAUACAGAGCAGAGGUGGAAUGUGUGCGGGUCACAGCACCCACCCCAACGAGCAGCAAGCGCAGGGUGGGAUGGGUUACGUCGUCAGCGCAUUGAGCUCACAGACAACACAUCCCACUACAACCACCACCAGCCCUCGGUUUUAGCAGGACGGGGGGUCUCGCCAUGAUCAGCCCCCCAGAACGGGCCCGGCCGCGGCGUGCAGGCGAGAGCUACGAGGAGAAGUGCGAGCGGCGGCAGGAGACACGCGAGGCCUUGCGGCGCCGUGGCCACGCACACAGCGCCCGGCGGCCGGGCCGCAGCGACGAGCAGCCACAGAGCCCACGGCAGAGAGAGUUCCUGCGCAGGAGGAACCUUGGGAGCACCGCCGGGGAGCUCAGCCCACCCAUCCUGCUCCAGCGCCCGUGGAGUCACCCCGUGUGCCCAUCCACACUUGCCCAACUCGGGCUCAGCAGUCCUACAGGCAUUUUGGCUGAAGCCAUCCCUGGGUCGCACACCUCUACGAGCACUCGAGGAACUCAGACUCCUGCAAGCACGAGGGUGAAGGACUCAGGCCAACAGACAGACUGUGGAAAUACAGUUUUCAAUAAGGAAAUCAUGCAGCUCUCUGGUUAUCUGAAGGAGGCCCUGCACCGUGAGCUGCUGCUCAAGCAGAAGAUGGUGAUCCUGCAGGAGCUGCUCGCCACACUGCUGCACGCCUCUGAGAAGUCCUGGCAGGGUCAGCUGAAUGAAGAUAAACUCAAGUGUAAACUGAGGGCUCUGGAAAAUCAGCUGCAGGCCUGCACCCAGAGUUACUCAAAGGAGUGUGUGAAGAAGAUCCUGAUAGAGAUGGAGGACCAGAAGCAGACCUAUGAGCAGAAGGCAAAGGAGGCUCUGCAGAAAAUGCUCGAGGACAAACUCCAGGCAGAGCAGCAGCUGCAAAACUCUCAGGUAGGAACCACGUUUGACACCUGGCUUUGCAUUAAUCUUAUCCAGCCCCCUUAUUUCAGGGAAGGGCAACAACCAGUUUACCAUUUGCAAAGAUGCAAAAUGCCUUCGCAGUGCGGAGUGAGGGAGCUGAGUACCGCAACGGCACCGCACCGCAGGGCGACCUCGGGUAAGAGGGAGCGCCGGGAGCGGUGCUGGGACAGCGCGGGGUGCGGGCCCGAUCCUGAUCCCGAUCCCGACCCCGAUCCCGACCCCGAUCCUUAA